AUGCUGGGAUCUCGUCUUUUGCGCGCCAACCAUGACUCGCAAGCGCAAAACACACGGUCGAAAGAAUCGAACAAGAAACCAUUCUAUCUCCCCCCUCCUCCUCCUCCUCGCCGCCCCAUCCCACAGACAGGUAAGGUGAGUCCCCUCACCCUGGCAGCCUCGGAUGUUCGUUAUAUUUUAGACUGGCGACUGUGCCGAAGGCGGACAAGCACUGACCAUGCUGCCGGGAGAGGAGUGCUGGGUCCCCAUGCUUUCAACGGCCCCGAUGACAAUGACCUAUUCCUCCUACGAACCUGCGCAGAACACCGGCCCUUCCUGACCAACACCUACUUCCGCCUUCCGAUGAGAGAGAAGGCCAUCUAUAUGCGCCCUCGGUCACGACACUUGCACUUGCUGGACUAUGUCCUCGUUCGGAGGCGAGAACAGCGGGACGUGCUGGUGACAAAGGCGAUCACCGGUGCUGAAGAAUGGACCGAUCAUCGCCUCGUCAUCUCCGAGACGAGGAUUCGCUUAAAACCUCACAGGAGACCUCAAGGUAAGCGACCCCCGGGUAAGCUAAGUAUUGCUUUGUUGCCUUUGCCUGCUCACCAUCUCCAUUUCAGCAAUGAGCUAGCUCAACGGCUAGCCGACCUUCCAGUCACCGCUGCAUCCGCCGGCGAGAACGCCUCCGUGGAUAACCGAUGGUGUCAACUUAGGGACAUGGUACAGUCAACCUCCCUGACUGUCCUUGAUCGCUCAGGUCGCCAACAUCAGGACUGGUUCGACGACUAUGACGACGCCAUUUACAACCUACUUGCCGAGAAGAACCGCCUGCACAAAGCCUACGUCAAUCGCCCUACUGACGACAACAAAGCAGCCUUCUACUUUAGUUGCUGCCUUAUGUUCGACAGUGGCUGCGCGAGGUGCCGGAGACCUGGACGGCUCGCAAGGCCAAGGAGAUUCAAGGAUACGCGGAUCGUAAAGAAUGGAAAAAAGUCUCCGCAAUCAGAGCCGUUUAGUUCGCCGAUCAAAGCAACUACACCUAUUCUCAGCGCCGAUGAAACCAUCCUAUUGACUGAAAAGACACAUAUUCUACGACGAAGAGCCGAGCACUUCAGAGGCUUCCUCAACCACCGCUCCAACAUCUCUGAGGCCGCCAUCCCCCCUCUGCCUGAAGUGGAGUCCAACGCCGACCUCGACCUCCCGCCCUCUCUCCGCGAAACCAUCAAGGCUGUGCAACAGCUAUCCAACGGAAAUGCAUCCGGAUCGGAUGUGAUCCCUGCUGAGAUCUACAAGCACGGUGGUCCCCAAGUAAUGGAUCAUCUGACGGCGCUCUUCCAGGAGAUGUGA